AUGAGCAAAAAGUUAGGAGGAAAGAAACCAAACGACAACGAUACAUUGGAUGUUGAAAUCGAAACAGACACAUCUACGACAGUUCAAGAAUCGAAAAUUAUCGACGUUCAAUUCAAAAUUGUUGACGAAAUGAUCAAGUUUCUUCGCUCGGAAACUCAAUUACAUAAAGCAAUUGUCGAAAAAGGAGAAGAAGCUGAAGAGGCGUACGACGAAUCAAUUGAAGAAAUAAUCGAAGCGAUGGAAAUUGUGUUGAAAAGAGGAAUUCGUGUUCUCAAACACAAUCAUCAAACCAUCGAUUGGAAUGUUAAUCUAUUCCGAUACAAUCUGAAGAAGAUGCUGAAAUUGUAUGUAGAUGUGAACAAUCAGAUGAAGGUUGAAGAGAAGCAAGCGGCAAAACAAGAUGCAUUCAUUGCAAUUUUGGAAGAGAUGGAUAAAGAUGUUUCUGAAUUCAAGGAGAAUCUGAAUAGUGUGAGAGAUCUGAUUGGAACCGAGCCGGCAACACUCGUCCGAUCAAGAACCAUUUUGAGCACGGAGAGAUUGGCAAACCACAUUGAACAGCCAUACAAACCUAUAGAGACUGAGGUGGCAACCCACGUGGCUAAAGUGAAUCGAGAGAUGGACUCUCUCUAUUUUCAACUUCCCGCUUUCGAUCAUUUUCCAAGUUUAAUGAAACCAGUUCAACAACGAGGCAUGAAAGUGGCAAACCUGAUGUUGAAAAACCUUCCAGUGAAGACUGUUGAGGAUUUUAUUGCAACUCUUCCAAGAAAACAACGCGAUUGA